CUUGCUUUCAGCCAAACUCUCUCUCUCUCUCCAGCUCUCAUCUGGAGCAGCAGCUACCUCGAAAGUGUCCACACCUCCUCAAGUCGACGGCGCCGGCCAGCCAUUUCGUCCUUUUUUUUUAAUCAAGCUUCUGUUUCACCCUCCCUAUUGAUUUUAAGGAGGUAGAAUUGCGCUAGAAAUUUGAUGAACGGUGGUGGUUUGACAUCUAGUAGCUUGCGGGCAUCGUUCUCGUAUUGUGUACAACAAGUACGAAGCUAUGAUUACCAUCACUACCUUUGCCUUCUGGAACUUCCCGUCAACAUGCGGAAGGCUGCAUUUGCAAUUCGUGCCUUCAACAUCGAAACAGCCAGAGCUAUGGAUGUUGCAUCUGAUCCGAAGAUUGGCCUUAUGCGCCUGCUGUGGUGGCAAGAAGCCAUAGACAAAAUCUACGCUAAAAAGGCUAUCGAACACCCUACAGCUCAGGCUCUCUCCUCAGUUAUACAUGAGAACAAAAUCACCAAAGGGUGGUUAAAACGAUCUGUGGAAGCUCGAAUUAACGAUGCCAGAAGAGAGAGCACUGAAAUCCCAGAAAAGAUUAAAGAGUUGGAGCAAUAUGCAGAAGACACUGCCUCAACUAUUCUUUACACUACGCUUCAGGCUGGCGGUAUAAGGUCCACUAUAGCUGAUCAUGCAGCCUCACAUGUUGGCAAAGCGAGUGGCCUUCUUUUGCUGAUCAAGUCACUACCGUACCACGCUAGCCGCAACCACCACUUUUCUUACAUACCCACUGAGGUAGCGGCCAAGCAUGGCUUAUUGACUAAUCAGGGAGGUCAAAUAGAACUACGUUUAGAAUCUCGAGAAAAUCUAUGUAGCGCGGUGUUUGACAUGGCAUCUGUAGCUAAUGUUCAUUUACAGAAGGCUCGUGAGUUGGUUGGAACAGUGCCUACUGAGGCUCGUCCGGUGCUGCUGCCUGCAGUGCCUGCUCAAGUCCUGUUGGAUUCUUUGAGUAAGGCGCAUUUUGAUGUCUUUGAUCCCAGUUUGUCAAGAGGGGUACUCGGCUUGCCUCCUUUAUGGUUUCAAUUGAAAUUGAAGUGGCAUUCGUGGAGAGGAAAAUACUAAACCUUCAAUAAGUGAUCAAUCUUUUAUUUUAGCUAAAUUUCAUCUCAGCAAUUAUGUUGUGAACAUAGUAACUUUGAUUCUUUGGUUUGUUCUGGUUAUGUUUGACCGAUUUAUUCCUUAUAAUAAAUAUAGUAUCAUUAUAUACAA